UAACACCAUGGCUUCCGAUGACAAUGAGAUAAUUGCAGAAGUAGAUUCCUUUUACCGACUUUACAAAAGAGGUCGCGUUGAGCGUUUCUACGAUGUACACGGUUCUUUCUACGUUCCACCAUCGCCACAACACCCAUCAAACGGCGUCUUUUCUAAAGACGUCACUAUCUCACACCACGUCUCUGCCAGACUCUAUCUUCCUGAAAACAUUUCCGAUCCCCAAAAAGUCCCCGUGUUAGUAUACUACCACGGGGGCGGACUUGUCAUGGAAUCGGCCAUCUUCUAUUGGAAUCACAAUUACGUCAACUCUUUAGCUUCUGAGCUAAAUGUCGUUGUUGUUUCCGUAGAGUAUCGAUUAGCCCCAGAAGUUGAUGUAACAGUGAUUUAUGAAGAUUGUUGGACUGGACUUCAAUGGAUCGCUUCACAUGCUGAUAAAAAUUCGUCUGGUAGUAACAAUAAAGACUCGUGGUUAACGAAUUUUUGUGAUUUUAGUAAAGUGUUUGUAGCCGGAGACAGUGCUGGUGGCAAUUUAGUGCACCACAUGACUAUGAGGGCCGGCAAAGAUACCUUGAAUAAUGAUAUGAAAAUUACUGGAUCAAUUUUUGCUUAUCCUUAUUUCUUGUUCCCAAAUGUAGAAAUUGAUAAAGAAGGUUUGGCUAACAAGAUUUGGGGCUAUAUUUGUCCACCACUAGAAUCUGGGUUAUUAUCCCCACUUGAUAGUCCAUUGAUUAACCCACUUUCUGAAAAGGCUCCAUCUUUAUCGGGGCUAGGUUGUUCGAGGAUUUUGGUGUGUAUGGGAAAAAAAGAUGAUAUAAUUCCUUUAGAAAUUGGGGUUCGUUUUGUUGACGGUGUGAAGGAGAGUGGAUGGGACGGAGAAUUGGUGUAUCUUGAAGUUGACGAUGGACAUGUGUUUCUGACAUAUAAACCUGAAUCCGAGGAAGCUAAACCUAUGAUGAAGUUUUAUAAUAAUUUCGUUCAUUGCAAGUGA